AGCAUUCUGGGUGUGCUUUCCACCCGGGGCUGUGCCAACCCCGCUGCUCUCUGCCCAAGCUCCGCCUGCUGGUCGUGGGCAGCGUCCGCCAGCGCUUCCGAGGCCGCGGCGGAGCCGGGAAGAGCCCGCGGCUCGAAGGAGUAGCCAAGGGAGCAGAGAUUGGAUUAAGUAACUACAUCCGGGUUGUGGGAAAACGAAGAGGUCAUGGAGAAUUUGAUCCAGGAGAGGGGCAAGCGUUACCUAGUAUCUGGGAUGGGCAACAGCCUGUGCCGAGGGGAUCGGAGAGGAUGAUAUGCUGCAAUGUGAGGGACUGGUCAGGAUAUGCAGGGCUUUGUGCCAUGGCAGAGACUGGGGAAGAGGUGUCAGCAGAGGCCUCAGGGUUCUCAGACUUGAGUGACUCAGAGUUUCUAGAGUAUCUGGACCUGGAAGAUACUCAAGAGUCAAGUGCUUCACUUAGCAAGCCUGGCCCUUCUUCUGAACUCCCUGGGAAGGAUGGCAAGCUCAGCUUACCAAAGUGGAAAAGACGAUUGGAUGUCUCAUCACCUAUUGAGCGAUUCCACCUUAAAUAUUUGUAUGUCACUGACCUGUGUACUCAGGAUUGGUGUGAACAGCAAAUGGUAUAUGAGAAGGAGCUUCCUGGUUUCUUGGCUCCUGAGAAGGCAGCUGUUUUGGACUCUGGUGCCAGCAUCCACCUAGCUAGAGAACUAGAAGUUCAUGAUCUUGUGACUAUCCCCAUCAGUACUAAAGAAGAUGCUUGGGCAGUUAAGUUUCUGAAUAUAUUAUCAAUGAUUCCUAUCUUGCAGUCAGAAGGACGCAUCAGAGAGUUUCCAGUGUUUGGAGAAGUGGAGGGUGUGCUGCUCGUUGGAGUAAUUGAUGAGCUGCACUAUACAGCCAAGGGGGAACUGGAACUGGCUGAACUUAAGACACGCAGGCGCCCUAUGCUCCCUCUGGAAGCCCAGAAAAAAAAAGACUGUUUUCAAGUCAACCUGUACAAAUACAUCUUUGAUGCCAUGGUUCAAGGGAAAGUGACCAGUGCCAGCCUAAUCCACCACACAAAAUUAUGUCCAGACAAGCUGCUGGGACCUUCAGUGCUGAGGCAUGCCCGGCAGGGAGGCUUCUCUGUGAAGUCCUUGGGUGACCUCAUGGAGCUAGUCUUCUUGUCUCUAACACUGUCUGACCUCCCAGUUAUUGAUAUCCUGAAGAUUGAGUACAUCCACCAAGAGACUGCCACUGUGCUGGGUACAGAGAUUGUGGCCUUCGAAGAGAGUGAGGUGAAAGGCAAAGUGCAGCACUAUAUGGCCUACUGGAUGGGCCACCGAGAGCCUCAAGGGGUUGAUGUGGAGGAGGCUUGGAAGUGCCGGACAUGCAACUAUGCAGAUAUCUGUGAGUGGAGGAAGGGUGGUGGGAUGCCCAGCUCCAUUCUAGAGCCCCAAGCCAAAAAAAUGAAAUGAGUAGAAGUGUAUGCCUUCUUCAGGAACUUCAGCUUACAUCAGCAGAAUAAAAGAGGACCAGUCGUUGAGCUUGGCUUUCGUGGAGAGUGUUCUUAUUUUGGUUCUUUUCAUAUUUCCUCAAAUUCUAACCAGUUAAAUUAUGACCAAGGUUCAAGGGUGAGUGGGAGGAAUCUGGGAUUAUAUGGUCUCUGGAACUUUGCUGUGAAUUGCCAAGAAGACAGUUGCUCAUCAUGGCUUGAGCAAAAGGUAUCCUUCAGCAAUCAUUGCUUUCCUAAGAAGAUUCUGAAGUUUCUAUUAAGUCUCUUCCCUAUUUUUUAUUAGUCAAGGCUUUCUACAUUUUACAUAAUAAAAUAAAAUGAAAUG